AGGAUGUAUCCAAUUCCGAGGUGGACCAGCACACCAUCGUCCUCACCGGACAGCACGUGCGAAAGCAUGACCUAAAAAUAUCGAAUGCCGUCCUUUGUCGUUUUGCUGAAUUCAGUCCGCGUUUUCGGCCUUUUGUCUGCGUUGGAACUGCAAACCCAAGUGGCACGCACUUCAACAAAUUCCCAUUCAUUCCGCAACCUCUCAUCCCCAUUCCCUCUGUCCUCCCUUCCCCCCCUCUAAUGGACUCUCAGUCCACCGCCACCGCCACGGCCACCGCCAUGCAGGACCGCUUCGGGUGCUGCUUCCGCAACUGGAUGGCGCAACAACACCGCGACCUCGACGAGCUCCUGCGGGCGGUCUCCACUGACUCGGGCGACGCCGAGAAGCUCAAGUGCCUCGCCGGAAAGAACAUCCAGCACUUCCGGGACUACCUCGAGGCCCGAUCGCAGCUCGCCCAGCACGACGCGCCUUCCUUCUUCUGCCCGUCCUGGCGCACCUCCUUCGAGAACUCCUUCCUCUGGAUCGGCGGUUGCAGGCCGACUAUGGCUAUCAGGCUGGUGUACUCCAUCUCCGGAUCGGACCUCGAAGCUCGGCUCGCUGGCGGAGGGACAGGAGGCGAUGACAACAGCAACAGCAGCAGCAUCAAUCUCGGCGAGGUAUCGGCGUCCCAGCUGAGAUCGAUCAACGAAUUGCACAUCAAGACGGUGAGGAUGGAGGAGAAGCUUUCGAGCCGGAUGGCCAGCAUGCAGGAGGAGAUCGCCGACGAUCCGCUGGCACUGAUAGCGAAGUGGAGCGGGAGAGCCGGGGAGGAGAGCGAGUCGGUGGAGAGGGUGAUGAAGGGCCACGAGCUGUCGCUGGCGCGGGUGCUGACGGAGGCGGACGAGCUGAGGUUGGAGACGCUGAGGGAGCUGGUGGAGGGGAUCCUGACGCCGCUGCAGGCGGUGGAGUUGCUGGUGGAAAUGACGAAGCUUCACCUCUCAAUCCACGAGUGGGGGAAACGGAGGGACUCCGUUCUCGGGAAGGUCUGAGGCGAAUCAAUCCGUUGUGGGUUUUUUCAUCCCGCUGUUCCUCAAGCCGCAUGCACGGGCACGUA